GGACGCCUAUCGUCUCCUCUGCAGCUUCCGACGCUGCCCUAUUGCGCGGGACGCGGCCAAGUCAUGGAUCGCAACCCUUCGCCGCCGCCGCCCGGUCGCAACAAGGAGGAGGAGGAGGUCGCUGGGGGAGACUGCAUAGGGAGCACGGUCUACAGCAAACACUGGCUCUUUGGCGUCCUCAGCGGACUCAUCCAGAUUGUUAGCCCUGAAAACACCAAAUCUAGCUCAGAUGAUGAGGAGCAGCAGAUGGAGCUUGAUGAAGAAAUGGAGAAUGAAAUUUGCAGAGUAUGGGAUAUGUCAAUGGAUGAGGAUGUGGCUUUAUUUCUCCAAGAAUUUAACGCUCCUGAUAUAUUCAUGGGAGUACUGGCCAAGUCCAAGUGUCCUCGAUUAAGAGAAAUCUGUGUGGGAAUUUUAGGUAAUAUGGCCUGUUUCCAAGAGAUAUGCGUGUCCAUCAGCAGUGAUGAAAAUCUUGGGCAGGUGUUGUUGCACUGUUUGUAUGAUUCAGACCCACCUACUCUUCUGGAAACAAGCAGGUUGUUGCUUACUUGCCUUUCCCAGGCAGAAGUGGCCAGUGUCUGGGUUGAAAGGAUCCGGGAACAUCCAGCUAUUUAUGAUAGCAUUUGCUUCAUUAUGUCAAGUUCAACAAAUGUUGACUUGCUGGUGAAGGUGGGGGAGGUUGUGGACAAGCUCUUUGAUUUGGAUGAGAAACUGAUGUUGGAAUGGGUCAGAAAUGGGGCUUCUCAGCCUCUAGACCAACCCCAGGAAGAGUCUGAAGAGCAGCCAGUUUUUAGGCUUGUGCCCUGUAUACUUGAGGCUGCCAAACAAGUACGUUCUGAAAAUCCAGAAUGGCUUGAUGUUUACAUGCAUAUUUUACAAUUGCUUACUACAGUGGAUGAUGGAAUUCAAGCAAUUGUACAUUGUCCUGAUACUGGAAAAGAUAUUUGGAAUUUACUUUUCGACCUGGUCUGCCAUGAGUUCUGCCAGUCUGAUGAUCCACCCAUCAUUCUUCAAGAACAGAAAACAGUGCUAGCCUCUGUUUUUUCAGUGUUGUCUGCCAUCUAUGCCUCACAGACUGAGCAAGAAUAUCUAAAGAUAGAAAAAGUAGAUCUUCCUCUAAUUGACAGCCUCAUUCGGGUCUUACAAAAUGUGGAACAGUGUCAGAAGAAACCAGAGAAAUUGGCAGAGUCUAACACAGACGAAACUAAAAAGACUGAUUUAACCCAAGAUGAUUUCCACUUGAAAAUCUUAAAGGAUAUUUUAUGUGAAUUUCUUUCUAAUAUUUUUCAGGCAUUAACAAAGGAGACUGUGGCUCAGGGAGUAAAGGAGGGCCAGCUGAGCAAACAGAAGUGUUCCUCUGCAUUUCAAAACCUUCUUCCUUUCUAUAGCCCUGUGGUGGAAGAUUUUAUUAAAAUCCUACAUGAAGUUGAUAAGGCCCUUGCUGAUGACUUGGAAAAAAGCUUCCCAGGUUUGAAGGUUCAGACUUAAAAACUGAAUUGGAGUUAUUUCUGUACAAGAAAUAAACUUUAUUUUUCUCACUGAGAGUUGAAAUUGACUUAUUGGGAAUAUUAGUCAAAGCCCCUAUUAGACCAUAAUUGUCUGGUAUUACAUUUGUGCCCUUCUUCUCUCCUAAUCUUGUCUCACUUUUUUUAACUUUGGAAUCUGGAGUUUCACCACUGUCACCCCUAUUUUUAUAUUAUGUAAUAUUUAUCUUCCUCAGUUGAGGAAAGGAAAAAUGUUAAGCUUAUCGUUGAGGUUCGUUUUAGGAUAUAUGAGAGAUUUGAGGAUUUUCUUCAUGGCUGUUAAUUUUUUAAGUGAGAAUUAUGUCUUUGUAUCCACUAUAAGGAUAUUCAGCCGCAGUAACAGAAACCCCCCCCCAGUAGCAGCUGAAUCUGACGUCUUUCAGGAACCUUAUGCAAAAAGUCCACAUGAAAUAAGGUGACUCCUUUCACCCUUCAUGCAGUCUGCCAUGUAGACCUUUGUGUUCAUGCUUAUUGUCUUGUGAUUAAGGGGGCUGGGCCUUUAUCCACAUUCAGGAAGGAAAAGGGAGAAAGAAGCGGCUUUUUCCUACCAAGUCUUUAUGUGUGUUUUAACAAAGCCAGCUUUCUAAACCUCAAUUUUGGUACAGCCCCUUCCCAAUUUAUAUCAGAGUUUUUUGGCUUUAAAGUGUUUGUCUUGCCUCAUACUUUAUUUUCUUUCCUUGAGAGAUUUUUGCUCAUAAAACAUAGAAUAAUCUUAUUGGUAAGAGAUAAUAUGAUUUCCAGUUGGGAGGUAGUUUUAUUGUUCGAAAUGUCACUGCUGAAAAGAAUUGGAACAUAAAAGUAAAAUCUUACCGGUGAAAUCUCACUGGUAGUUUUAUAUAUAUUAUACUGUAUGUAUAUUUGCAUGUCCUCAGUGCUGACCUUAUUGGUAGGCUGAAUUGACUGUAUUCAACCUGAGAUUUCAAAAACACUGAUGAAAUCACUCCUAUGUGCUAGCUGAUACGAAAAUUCCACUCUUUUUUUUUAAGUUUAAGAUGCAAAUACUGAGUAAGAAUACUCGAGGUUAUUAGUUGUGUUUACCUCAGUGCACAUGAACUUCAUAUUUUUUUUUUUUCUGAGAGCAUGUUUUAAAAGGGGAAGCACAAGGACCUUAUGUACCUGAAGGAGUAUUGCACCAAAUGGUAAGUUACAGAGGGAGAAAGAGAAAGAGGAUAGUAGUGGGAAGGCUGGGAGUGUCCAAUUUAUUUUCCGCUCACAUUUCUGCCUUGGACCCGUAGUGUUUACUUUGUUACUUCUUUAUUAUUAACAUGAGUUUUGGUACAUAUUUUCAUAAUAUUUUGGUAUGUUUGAAAACAUCCCAUAUCUAUAAAUUAUGAUACUUUUUUUAAGGGACCAGU